AUUAAAGCACGCUUGUGGAGCGACCGAAACGAGACUUUGUGAUACGGUUGUCUUCAUGUCUCAAUGCAAACAAUUGAAGAUGGGAAAAAAAGACAACAAUUUGAAUUUACCAGAUUACAAACUAUGACACAAUAAGCUCUAUAAUACUUUAGCUACCCUAUCAACAAUUACCCAUUAUUAUGAAGCCACAGUAACAGCCUGUGUAGCCACAUAAUUGUGUAGUUAUUAGUUUUUUUUUGCUUUUAAUCCAUUAAGUUUGUGUUCCACGUGUCUAAAGAGACGAAGAGAGACUCCCCAGAUUUUUACCGACUGGAUUUGAAAAUAUAACAACAGCAGCCCCAAAUAUAAAAGAAAAUCACAAUUAUUACAUCAUUUAUAUAGCAUUUUUAUCUACCUGCUCUAAAUUCUGAAAUAGAUUUAAAAGAAAAAUUAUUCACAUUUUUACCAUUUAUUAUUACACAGAGAAGAGAGGAAAAAAAACCGUUUUAACAAUUAACUGUUAAAUGUGAUAUGAAAAAUAUUCAAAUUAUGUUUACGCAGGAACAUUCAGAAAAGUAAUUGUUAAUACAAAUAUGGGCACUAAAUUUUAAUUGUUAAUUUGUUGAAACAUCUAUCAACCGUUAUAUAUAUAAAUAUAUAUAUCUCUAUAUUUUUUUUGCUGGUUAAUAAAACCAGUCCUUUAAAUAAAAUAGUUACCAAAUGCUCUGCCAACCCAACAUCUUGUCCUCCCAUAUCGACAACGGCAAACACAAUUCUUUCUUGAUAUAUACUUAGAACCUCAAACACUUCAUUUGUUCUCGUUGUACAAAGUUUAAAAGGAGGACAAGUAAUUUGGCAAAGAGUGUGUGUGGCAGAGUUGGUGAAGUUCAAAACAGAUGGGAACGGUUUCUGUUCCAAUGCUCGGCAUGGAUGAACAAGCUCUUAGUUUUCUUGAUGGACCCCACUUGGGAGACGGGAGAGCUCAAGAGAAGAUAUUGACUUAUUUUGAACUGCUGAAGAGAUCAGACGAUGGUUGGAAACUCUGUAUUACUGCCUUUACUUGUGGCAAAUACAACAGUGAUAAUGCCAGAUUUUUCUUCCUUCAAGUUUUGGAGUCAUAUCUUAAGCAAAGGUACCAAACUGCAGGGUCUGAGGAUCAGCAGAUUGUGAGAGAGUUCUUGAUGACAUGUCUCCAAAUGCAGGCAUCGAGUGUUACAAAAGACAAGUCUUUUUUGAAAAACAAAAUUGCGCAGCUUUUCUCUUUGGCAUUCCUCAAUGACUUUCCCCAUCGUUGGCCAACAUAUUUUUCUGACCUCCUCCAGGCUUCCUCCUAUGGCCAUGUGGCUAUUGAAAUGUAUUUGCGAAUUCUAACUGCUAUUGAUUACGAUGUUGUUGAUCGAGAAAUAAUUCAUUCAGAUCAUGAAGCUGAUCGUAAUUCAAACUUAAAGGAUGCUAUGAGGGAGCACUGUAUACACCAGUUAGUAGAUUCCUGGUUACAGAUCAUGACGACAUACCAGUCGAGCCAACCAGAUAUUGCCUGUCUGUGUUUAGAGGUUGUUGGAAAGUUUAUAUCUUGGAUAGAUAUAAACCUUGUGGCCAAUGACCAGUUUGUUACUGCACUGCUGACUUUUUUAAAUUCCCCCCAACUGAGAGAAUGUACCUGUGAUUGCAUCUAUGAAAUCAUAUCAAAGGGCAUGGAGCCUGUAGCGAAAACCAAGUUAAUAGAAUCAUUUGCUACUGUACUGAACAGUGCUGGAGUGAUGUGUCCCAAUGAGGAUGAAGAGGGUGACUACAUGGCGAAAUUAGCAAAGCUCGUUAAUGGAAUGGGUCAGAAUCUGUUUUCCUGUUAUCAAAAAAUGUUAAAAACUGACAUAAAUUCAGCAUUGAACUGUUUACAAGCCAUCGAGAGGAAGCUGCCUCUUGUACUCCGUUUCCUUAGUCAUGAAGAUGACGACAUCUCAGAGGCUGUGAUUGGUUUUGCACAAGAUUAUAUUGGACUCCUGAAACAGUCUCCAAACUUGACUCCAAGACAGAGAGAACAUAUUCAGCAAAUGUUAAUUAUCAUAAUCAACAAACUGAAGUAUGAUGAAACAUAUAACUUUGACAUUGAGGGAGAGGAAGAAGCUAUGUUCCAAGAUUACAGAAAGCAGGUGAAGAUCAUAUUCAAUAACCUUGCUCAGCUGGAUUCAAAUAUGGUUUUAAUGACUGUGCAUUCAGUUUUGUCAAAUAUGGUCUCUCAGUGGAAAACUUUGGAGUUUUGGGAUGUUGAGAUGCCAAUUAUGUUAAUGUAUAUGCUUGGAGAGGCCCUUCCUUCUUCCAAUCAAAGUUUUACUAGUUGCAAGGAGAAGCCUUCCCCUUUGCAAGAAAUGAUGCGAUUGCUCGUGUCUUCAGGUGUUAGCUGUCAUAAACACAGCUGUGUUCAACUUCAGGUUCUGGAGACAGUGGUGCGCUAUGAAAAGUUUUUUAAUACAGAACCAGAAUAUAUUCCAGAUGUUUUGAUGGCUUUUCUAGAUGAGCGAGGACUUCGAAAUAAAUCACCACAAGUCCGCAGCAGAGCAGCCUAUCUAUUUUCUCGUUUUGUAAAAGUUUUAAAAGCUCAUCUGCAGGAUUAUUUGGAACACAUUUUAAAGCAAAUUACCGACAUGCUUGUGUUGCAUUCCCCAGAGAAUGGCUGCAUUCAGCAACUGUUGAGUUGUGAUGACCAACUCUUUAUUUAUGAAACAGUUGGUAUACUCAUUGUUGCAAGUAAUUUCCCACCAGAGCGAAAGCGGAUUCUAAUACAAAAGCUGUUAGCUCCGAUAGUGUCAAAGUUUGAGACGAUGCUGGGCAAACUUUGCACAGAAAUGAAUGAAGAAAACCAAGAAAAUUAUGCUUGUUGCAUUAAUAAUGCCAUCAGUUUUGCUAGUCGAAUAAGCAAAGGCUUUUCUAACCAGCAAACUAUGAAACAGUGUGGUUGUGUGGAUUCUUUCACUGAAGCUUUGAAAAUCUUUCUACAAGGUUUCAAAUGUCCUGUACAGAGACAACUUAUACGGUCUGGUGUAAGGCAAUACCUACAUCGAAUGGUGGUUUGUUUGGAGGAAGAAAUUUUCCCUUUUAUUCCUGUUAUUCUUGAAAAUCUGCUGCAACAGCCUGAUGCCAAAGAACUCCAUGAUUUCAUUCCACUAAUGACACAACUCAUCAUGAAGUUCAAAAAAACAAUUAGUCCAUUCCUCAGGGAGAUGUUCUGCCCUUUUGUACAAACCAUAUACAGAGUUUUAUCAAUUCCCCAAGAUGAGUAUGAUCAGGUGACAGCUAAUGAGAAGAGAUUACUUCAGAAGAGUUAUUUCCAGUUUCUGGCCUGUAUUGUCAGCAACAAUGUUCAUGAAGUCAUACAAGAUCAAGAAGCUGCAAACUUCCAUCAGGUUUUAAUGACCAUUGUUGAAGGGGCUUGCAAUAAUCCUGAUCCCCAGAUUCAAAAAAUCUGUUUUGGAAUUUUAAAACGGCUGAUUGAAGUAUGGUGUGGUGAGAACGGACUGGUUGGAUUUGAGGAAUUUGUUUAUCAAAGUGUUGUACCUGCUUGUAUCUUAACUCCUAUGAAACCAGCCUUUGAUUUGAAUGAUGCUCAAACUGUUAUUGCUUUGGGAGAGAGUGCACAGUGUUUGAAAUGUAUUCUUGAUAAAAGGGGUGAUGAAGUCAUUAACUAUUUACAGAAUGAAUAUUUUCCAAAACUUCAACUUUCCCCAGAUCUGACACAACAAUUCUGCCAGGCCUAUGUGAUGGACAUAAAAUCUUUUAAACAUUUUUUAAAGACUUUCUUCUCAUCUCUAAAGUCUUGACAACAGUGGCACUGUAACAGUCAGCGGUAUUCUGUUCGGCACAAGCUGAUGUGGCAGUUUGAAACUUCAGCUGCAGGCUAGGCAAGUUUGCGAACCUGGUAGAGGUGUCCUCAAUGCUUGGUAGCGUGCCCUGUAUCCUGUGCUGUUAGAUGGUUGGUUAACCAACAGGCUUCCUGAGCCCUGCUCCUCCAUGCUAGUGCAAGCUACAGUGACGUCUACAAGUUGACUAGCAUCAAUCACUACUCUUGUUACAUACUGCUUCUUUUAUAUUAUUUAUUUGUUUUAUUUAUUGUAUUUUUAAUAUUUUUUUU